ACUCCGCUUCCGCGUUCUCCUGAACUCAGGUAAAUAAAAUAUAACAUUGCCAACUUGGCGUUGCUUUACUCAAUUUAAAUUAAAAAAAUAGCUAAAAUUAAAGUCACAUAUAUAUUUUUAAAACCUUCCCGCUUUUGUAUAGAAUUAUUUAAUGAUUAUAUUUAUUGAUGCCUUAAAAUCAAAUCUCAAAAAAUACGAAUAACUUUCUAUUAAUUUUCACCCCUUCAAAGUCCUAGAUAGAUAAUUUACUCUCCUGGCUCAAUGAGGAAACAGUUGAUACUUCUUCACCUGUAAACUUCCAAUAUGGCGCUUACAAGAGCGAAGCGCUUUAUUGCCAAUUUCGGCCUUUUGUUUACAAUAAGUGCCUUCAUUUGUAUCGUCGUGGCCUUCGCAACGCCACACUGGCUGGAGAGGUUCCCACACAAAAGGAUGACCAAGGUCUUCGUCAGGAUGGGUCUGUGGGAGGCUUGUUUCAACGACUGGACAUUCUACAAGGACUACCUCAGCAAGAAAUAUAACGGAUGCUGGUGGAUUUUUCACUAUGAGUACAGACCUGUGUGGCACUGGCUGAACCCUCGUAAGUUGCAAUCAAUCGUAGGCUCAGACCUGUUUACCCUCAAACUCUUAAAAUCGUACAAUAUCAUCACAAAAUCAAUCAAUACAUUAUCUUAAAAGUAAAAUAAACAUCAGACAUCAGGAUAUAUAAUGUAUACACCUCAAAAUCGUACACUGUACGCCAAAAUCGUACCAGUAAACAGGUCUGUAGGCUGGUGUUAAAAUAAUCGAGUCAUUGAUUAUGUGUAUAGAUUAUCCAAUGCCAAUGAUGUUUUGAGCCCCCCUUUUUUUUCUUCUUCCAGAGUCCAGAGCAAUUCUAACACACCAGUAAGUGUGGUGUAGAUCUCUCAGAAUCUGAGAAUCUCUGAUUCUUGUCUUUUUAAGACUUAAGAUGUUGUAGAGCAUAGCCAGUCAGUGGGUUGUCAAAUUUAGCUUAGGUGAUAGGUCGAAGUCAAGUGUAAUUCUACUGUUUAAUAGUGGUCCAUAGGCAGGCCUUCUCAUUAUUUAUAUUCAUAUGCCAUGAUCUCAAACUCAAUGAGAUGGUAAAAGUAUAAAUUGCCAUAAUCAAUAAUCAGCAAAUGAAAAGUCAUGUCAAAUAAAUACCAUUUUUCAUUUUCAUCACAAUGAGCAUCACAUGGAUUCGUUGGGAUUUAAUUAGCCUUAAUUAAAUUAAACUUAAUGAAAUAUUUUGAAAUAAGGAUAAGGUAGGUCUUAUAAGAAAAAAAAAAAGAAGAAAAAAAAUCCUAUACCUACCAAAUUUGGCUGUUCUCUUCUGACUUUAUGGGGGUUGUUGUAUUUUAACCCCACCUCCCCCCAUUAUUGUCAUACUGCCCUUAUACUUAUUGGGCUAACGUUUAAAUUCCCCCAAAUAUUUAUCCACAGUUGGGAAUGACCACUGAAGAAUUAGAACCUGUUACCUCUUAGUGAUCGUCAAAAUCAGAACAAGAGUCGAAAUAUUGAUAAUUGAAACUCUUUUAAACAUUAUUAGCAAUAAACUCAAAGCUCUCCACAUUUCAUUUAAAGCUAUUUAAUUCAGAAUCAAUAAAAAUUUUGUACAAAGAAAAGGUUUAUUAGAGGUUUACCUUUCGGUCUCAGUAAGGAAGUAAAAUAUAUGUUUAAAAGCCCUGAGUUUGAAGCCCGCUAAUUUUUGUAAUAUGGUUCCCUUCCGGGUAGUUAAAAGGUCAUAAAUGCAGCUAGUAGUUGUGACUGUCGUGCACAGGUAACUCAACUGUUUUGAAUAUAUUGACAGCGUGGUUCCUGGCCGUCCAGAUCAUGAUCACCCUGGGUCUGAUGCUGCAGUUUAUCACGGUUGUCAUGAACAUCAUGUACUAUGUGCGUUGUCUUCCUAAGGAGAAGGAGAGAAAACAUGUCUACACCACAGCCAUUAUGAUGUUUGUGUCAUGUGAGUUGAUGUGAUUCAUGUUGUUUACUUGUGUAACUUAUAAAGCCGUGUUUUGUGCACACUUGUAAAUUUUCAUGUUCAAGUGUAUCGUAUAAAAACUUUGAACCUUACAGUGUACACAUGGUUAAAAAACAAAGAUUUUUUCUAAUCUCAUCUAAUAGUAAUGUUCAAUGUUAUGUAUGUUAAUGUUGAAAGGAGUAGCUGUUUAAUUCAUUAUUUUCCUUCAUUGUUGCUUUCAUCCCAGUCCUGCUGAUUGGGGUCUCCGUGACAAUAUUUGGUAUCAAAGCCGACAUUGACAGACAGUGGCUGCCCAACCCGGACUCUAACUUCCUCUCAUGGUCAUUUGGAUUCGCCGUUUUGUCUGGUUUCUUUUCCAUUUUUGCCGCCAUGUGCCUGACCACAGAUUACCAGCGGAUCAAGGAGGAGGAGGAAAAGGCCAACAGGGGUCCGGCAUACAGCGUCAAGUCCAAUCCAAGAUUUUAAUCGCUUAAAAUACAGGAUGUCUGAGUGCAAGAAUGUUGAUGAAAUUGAUUUAGUGUGUGUGCCUGUCAUGUGUGGUGUUUUGAGAGUGAGUGUGGUGUUUAUAGACUCAUUGAAUAUAUGUAAAUGCUCUGCUUUUUGUGUGUGUGUGUACAAGUCUGCGACCUUAAAACAAUGAUAUUGACAGAUAAAGGUAUUUUUCUGUGUGGUAUCCUGAGCAUUAAAAAAAAUUAAAUGAGCGUAUGUUGUGAGUGGCUGGUUUUUUAUUACCAGGUUUAAAAUACAAUCUCACUAUAUUUUGUUAAAAGAUUGUUUACUGUAAAGAAUUUUUUAUCAUAUGAUCUUGUAAAUAGGAUGCAAUGUACCUUAAACAUUUUUUUUUUUCAUUCCAUUUUCUGUAUAUAAAAUAUAAGAUAUAAGCCUUGACCCUGUUGAGUUUCUGGUUUUUUGCAGUAAUAGAGAACAAUGAAUUAAUUUUUGAAGGAAUAUUUAUUUAAUUUAGUGAUCUUAGUAAAUGUUACAUUGCUGUGUUGUGUUAUCAAGUAGAUGUUCAAGAUUCCCACAGUGAGCCUUACCAAAUCAUAGGACAGUGUUGAACAGAGGGGGAUAAUUCAAAGAUUGUUACUCUUUGUUAUGGUACUAACAAAAUAUUCUGGAAUUGCAUAUAAAUAUUUUUAAAAAAAAUUGUUUAUCCUCCGUUGAAAGAAUGAAAUAAUUUAUUUCUCUAUAACACAGUAAGCGUUCAUUCAAAAUAAUUUAUUUCUCUAUAACACAGUAAGCGUUCAUUCAGGUUUUAAAAUACCUUUCUACACUUUUCAAGUAAUAAUAAUAAACAUUCCAAGCCAUUUUUUUAAUAUAAAUAAAGUUAAAUACUUCAAUUUUAGUCUUGUUUUCAGUUUGUAAAAUUCUUUUUUGUGUAUCUUACCUAAUCCAUUGAGUUCAUGUUAGUAAUUAUAUUGUUUGGACUUGAUAUGGAUAAAUCUGUAGAUCAUAUGGUUUCAGUUGUCAUUUCAAGGUGAUUGCAACAGAUUCCUCAAAGUUAUUUAAACCCUGGUUACCGGUAGUUUGGUUAUGGAUGAGUAAAAAAUGCUAUUCAUCUGCUCAUUGCAUUAACAGUAACAGUGCAUGGGUGGGUAAAAGUAAGAUGAGUUUUAUGAGAUAAAAAAUAUUUUCCAAGACCU